GAACACCUAAGUGAUAUCACCAACAACCUUUUUCACUUACACAACUUUCAAAAAGAACUAAAACUUGAUAAGUGUUUUUUAGAGACAGUGAGAGGUAUGUCAAAAGAGAUUGAGCUGCCAGGUUUCAGAUUCCACCCAACCGAGGAGGAGCUGCUUGAUUUCUACCUCAAGAACAUGAUUUACGGGAAAAGAUCGAAAGCGGAAGUCAUUGGUUUUCUCAACAUCUAUCGUCAUGAUCCAUGGGAGUUACCUGGUUUAUCGAUGAUAAUGGGUGAGAGAGAGUGGUAUUUCUUUGUGCCAAGAGAAAGGAAGCAUGGAAACGGAGGGAGACCAAGCAGGACAACUGAGAAAGGUUAUUGGAAAGCAACUGGUUCCGAUCGUAAAAUCAUUAGCUUGUCUGAGCCAAAACGUGUGAUUGGGCUCAAGAAGACGCUUGUGUUCUACAGAGGAAGAGCACCUGGUGGAAGCAAGACUGAUUGGGUCAUGAACGAGUUCCGGAUGCCUGACAAUUGCACCUUACCAAAGGAUGUUGUGCUGUGUAAGAUAUAUAGAAAAGCCACUUCCUUAAAAGUAUUGGAGCAAAGAGCAGAGAUGGAAGCUAAGAUGAACCAAACAUGUCCAAGUUCUCCUCUCUCGUCUUCUGAGACCAUUUCUUUCGUUGGCAAAGAGGAAGACUUGAUGACUUCUUUCCCUUAUCCUCAAGCGGUAGCCAUGAGAGAAGCAAACGACAUUUCAAUGCUUCAAGGGCAUACCGAAAACGCAAAGAGCGAAGAGAAACAUAGAGAAACAGAGAGAAAAGAACCUUCUUCAUCACUGAAACUGCCAUGUGGAGUCUUACCACUACCAGAGCUUCAAUUACCUAAACCAGGACUUGAAUGGGGACCAGACCAGUUCUUGAGUAUAAGCCCUUGGCUCCAGAAUCUUACACCAAUAGUUAACCUAUUAAAUUUUUAGGAUAUGUAAAGAGCAAAUGCAUUUGAGGGUUCAUGCCACGGUCAUUAACUAUUCAAUGUUACCCUCAUUCACCUGGAAAAAAACAGAGCUUGUAAGAUGUUUGGCUUAGCUUCAUAGUAAGAAAUAGCAAUUGUAUUCACUUAGCUUUAUGUAUCUUUUGUAAGUUUGUAACAUAAGAAAAUUUCAUGAAACAAUAUUGAAAUGGUCAAAUAGCAAUAAGGCAGAAUUUGACUA